AAUACUAUAUUAGAACUUUUUUAUUCUGGCAAGUGAGCUAAGUAAUGCAGUUGAAAGAUAGGUUUUUGUUGCUCUGCAUAACUCAUAAUUUUAUAGUCAUUUGACGCAUAUAUCUUCAUUUGAUGCAGACAUCUGUUACUCAUAUGUCUUCCCAGAGAAUCGGAUGCAGCGAGUUACAUAAACAAGGAGGUGAGGCUAAUAAAACUCGACAAGCGACUCGUCGUCGAGAGCCAUUUGGACAAGCGUUGGGAGGAAGCCACCGGCGAGACUGUCAACGACGUCGUGUUUCUCAGCAAGCAUGCACGCCGCACGUGCGUGAAGGUGAGGCUUUGACUGCCGGCGGAAAGCCAGGAUGGGCUGCACCACCGAACCCGAGGAUAGGACCGUGGUUUAGACUCUUGAAGAACAUUGCUCAUUCACAUAAUUUAGUUCCUGAAUUUGAGGUCACGUUGGAGGCUACUCAUCAUGGUCCUGAAAUCAAUUCACCAACUAUGUUUGUGGAAAUUGUGCAGAAGAGUAUUGGUAUAGGCAGGAUGCUGCACAAGCCAUUGCUCUGUGUGGGAAGGACUGGGUCUUGGAGGAAGAAUUGCAGUAGGAGACCGGAAAAGGAAAGAUGGUGUUUGGGUGGGCCAUCUGCUGUCUGGCUAUUCUCUGUUGCUGGAAGAUCCUGGAGAAGCAAAAGUACCAGCGAAUCCAAUGGAUGUUGGUGGAACUUAGAGAGAAACAAUCAGAGUUGCAUUUGAGACCACCAAAUUGGCUUUUCCUGGAGGAGAAGUUCUAGCUCAUCUUGAUCACAAGAGUUUCAAGAGCUGGCUGAGAAAUGCCAUUACAGGGUUCUUAGCAGAGCAGAACAUAAAGAUUGGCAAACCAGGCGACUUCUGUCCUUGUUAAAUGCUGCCAAUGGCUGAUUCUUGUGACUAUAGAUUUUUCCUGUCAAUGCAGUACAAAAUUACAGCCUAGGGCAAUGUAAAAUUCGUUGAACUAACCCUGAAUUUAUAGUUAAUUCUAUUUUUCAAUUCGAAAGGAUGCUUUGUUGGUUGACUAUACAUUUGCUUUCUUUUUAUGCAAGCGACGUAAGUCCAUGUACUAUUGACCUAAAUAACCAUAGUCGAUCUUUUUUCUAAAUCCAUGUAUUUCAGGA